CUAAGAUAUACUUGUAUUUCGUAAUGCGGUACUCUCUUCACACUCAUUUUAUAAUAGCAUUGUUCGCGGUGCUCGAACAGCCAGCUAGUAGCUACAUCAAUGCUUAUCGGGAUCGUAUCAAGGAUAUAUACUUCAAUUACAUCACACAGAAUGAUUUGGAUCAAAGCAACACCGAUUUAGCUGCCACCGUCGUCUCGCUGCGCACCCCGUUCUCCAUCGGACUGUCGGGGGGCACUCAUUUCUGUGCCGGUGUCCUGGCCAGUCAGGAUACAGUUCUCACCUCGGCCCAUUGCGUGACAGACCGAAAUGGAGCGGUUGUGCGGACGAGACGUGUUGUCGUCGUCGCUGGCUCUCCCUACCGCUUGCGGAAUCUGGAAAAUGAAUAUUUUGUAGAAGUCAAGAGCAUAAAAUUGCAUCCGCUGUACAGGCGACAGAAUUUUCACGAUAUAGCCGUCAUCCAAUUAACUAGAGAGGUGCCGCUUAGUAAGUUUAUUGCAACCGUUACCAUCGGCCGACUGGUAGUGAAGCCGGGAAAGCGAUGCGUAGCCCUCGGCUGGGGUCGACUCUAUGAGUACGGUCCCAAAUCGAACGAAUUACUCUUCAUAGAUGCUAAAAUACUGCCGCUGGAUGAUUGCCUGGAAACGUAUCUCAUUAAGAAGACAAUCGAAGAGGCCAAUUCCGAUGCGAACUUGUGUGUGAAGAGUAUGGAGCCGGAGUGUGAAUGGUGCGAAGGCGAUCGUGGCAGUCCAGUCUUCUGUGACAAUUUCUUAUAUGGCAUAGCCAUGGGUCAUCUGAAUUGUUCACGCAGGGGUCCCACAAUCUUCACCCAUGUGCCAUUUCACACAGACUGGAUAUUCGGGGCAUCGCGCGCCGCCAAAAACUGCAGAUUGGUUUUACAUGUCUCUGUCAUUGCCUGGCAAACUUUCACUUGUUUAACAAACCCCACAAACUUUGCACAUUUAUGAACAAAUUGCAGCUGUGGCCAAACCCAGAAAACCAAUUUGAAACUCUUUCACUUUACUCACAAGCACUCACCAGAAGAAAGAAGAGGAAAAAAACGGAUUGGCGGGCAACAGAGAGUGGGAAAUACGAGUUUUCCAAUGCCAAAGUACAGGAUUUAUGCGCGACGAUUAGCGAAAUUAAGUGUUCAAUCAUAGAUGGCAAACAAAGCGCCCUUACGCCGGCACUUUCGCUCAAAAAAUAAAAGGAAACGGACGGCAAGGAAAAAGGAAAAUUGCCAUGCUAUCGUUGCACAGUUAAGCCAGCAAUCUCAAAAAUACACUCUCACACACACACACACACAUACAUACAUAUACGGCAAGAGGAAACACACACGCCGUAUCUAAAAGUUGCAUCUUUAAAAUGCACAAACUGCUGCCAGCAGUAAUGCGAACUUCAAGAUUUUUCCCCGCCAGAUAUAUCGUAAAAAUGAACAAAACAAGUAAAAAAGCUAAAGUCGGGUGUCCCGACUUUGAAAUACUCUGUACAUAUG